AUGGUUUGUAUUACUAGAAGAGCCGAGGGAUCAGAGGACUCUGGCUAUGGAAGCCAGUCAGCGACUAAUGGUUUUACAACAAUCGAGCACUGGGUAGCCAGCAAGGACAAGUUCCGUGUUGCCUCCAGUGGCCUUCCGAUACCUAAGAAGUCAAGAGUUGGCCAAGUUAAUGACGAGUUACGCGAGGUUUACGAGACUUCUAUUGCCCAUGAGAUACCAAAUAUCCUAGCCACACAUGGAAUCACCUUUCGCACAUAUGGACUCUACCGCCUCGAGCCACUAGAUGAAACAUACGAGGCUAGGGAUGUUUUAAGGAUCCUGACAUCUAACACCAAUCCAGCGGCGUGGAGAACUGCCGCUAAUUAUGUGCAUAAUUAUGUCAAGCAAAGAGCCCUGAGCCAUACCCUAGCAUCUCUUCAAGUGGAGAUAUCAAACGCCCACAUGAUGUACGACGAUGUUUCAUAUGCUAUUCCUGAUGAUCCGACUCUUAUUGAAUCUCUGACCCAGGUUAAAGGUCGAAUUGUUAACGAAGUGUCUGCUUCUAUGCAGAACGUCUGGACAUCCAUCGCAUUCCAUAUGCGAAGUUGCCGCCAUACCAACGAACGACAAAAACCUACGGUCAUCGUCUUUUGCCGCCCCAAGUCAACUUACGACUUUGCAUCUGCCGAGGCUCGACUAUCUCAAAUUCUAAUUGAGUUGGAGAUGCAGGUACACCUAGAGUUUCUCCCAGGAAGGGUCGUUCUUGCGCCUUCAGAACUUCCCAUGACACUUCCUAUGGCAACAGCUGCGGAAAGUCUACCUCAAAACCCGGUCAAUGGAAGCUCCAUCGGUAUCCGCGGAAGAGACGCGGAAGCAGGGACUUUAGGCGGUUGGUUGAUACUCAGUCUUCCGCGAGAAAAUCGGAAGGUUAAAUGCGCUCUUACCUGUUACCACGCCAUUAGAAGUGGCGAUGCUAGUGUUUCAGCACAUACAGACAAGCAUGGGGUACAUUGGAAUGAUCAACGCGGUCAUUUAGAUAUUGAAUACCCAGCAGCUCUUGACUCAAAGGAGGCUAUGGCUCACUUGGAAGAAUUAUGCAAAAAUGAACCUCAUGAUCAGGAAUUGAAGCAACAGCAUUGCAUGCUACCACGACUUAUCUCAGGGCCUGGUAUAGGCAAAGUGCUACUUGCGUCGGGAUACCAUAGGAAAGAUAACCAGUGUUUAGAUUGGGCAUUGAUCGAGAGUCCAAGCACUUUCUCCCUUAAUAAACCUCCUCGCUCCCCUCUUCGGAACUCCCCUGGAUUUAUGCUACCAGGAAAUGGCCUUCGGUACAACCCGCAUCCAGAUGCAAAUAUUAGAUCCUUUGGUUAUCCGGUGCCGAAUAAUUGGGUUGCUAAGGAAGGCCGAACAACAACCACGUCGGGAAUAAUCAACAGAAUGUCGGCAAUCGUACACUGGGAUAACUCUGGAAAUCCUUCCGAAGAAACCGAGGUCAUAUCGAGCACCGCUGACUUUGCGGCUGAUGGUGACUCAGGAGCCUUCGUCGUAAACGUGGACGGAGAACUUGUUGGCUUACUUUUUGCCGUGGAAAAAAACGUGGCGGGGUUUGAUUCCGGGUUCAUGACACCCUUUAGUCUCAUCCAAGAUCAUGUCAAGGAAAUGACUAAUGGGGGUUACCUCAGCUUCGAUUAA